UCCCCUCCCUAUACAUUUUCACUAAAGUUUUCAUCACCACUCCCCACAUUACGUGUGUGUGCACUUUAACUGAGUCGGGGUCUUAUCUGUAUAGGGACACUCAUUGAUACGUGCUCAAAGACAAGCAGCACACCAGAGAUUGAAGAGAGAAACUUGCACAACUGACGGCACAACUUAUGGUAAAAUUAGAUGUCAGUGGUUGUUUUAAAGUUACCAGUUCUACACCUGCAUACUCGUCAUCCAUAGCAAAUAUAAGUUUUUGAUUUGGAUAUGGAAGAUAAAGGAGCAAAAAAUGGUGUCCAAAAAGAACCAAAAACUCAAACUGGACUUCAGAAGAUAGUUGUGCGUGAGUUUGAACCAGCUGACAAUGCAGAAGUACAGCGGAUCUUUGCUGAGGGACUGAUGGAGAUGGUAUCAGACACUGCCUUCAGAGGCUUAUUACACCACCCAGAGAGUAUCCUGCUCUACACUACUUUCAUAAUUCUGUGUUUUGUUAUCACCAUGUGCUGGUGGGUGAUAGGACUCCUCCCUGUGGUUUUGCUGUGGGGGCGCUACUUUUACAGCACGCGUGUGAUACGUGGUUACCUGGAGCAUGCCAUGAGCACAGACAUGGGAGACAUCGAGGGGUUUUACUUGAAAUCAUCAGACUCCUGUCUAUGGGUAGCAGUGCUGGAAGGCAAAGUGGUGGGUGUCGUGGCAGCAGUGUGCCAGAAGAGGUCAGGGGGUGCUGUUGAAUUGCAGCGGAUGUCUGUUGACCAGAGGUUUCGGCAGUGUGGAAUCGGCAGUGCACUAGGAAGAAAGGUUCUGGAGUUUGCUGUUCUUCAGGGAUGCUCCACUAUUGUUCUGGGAACUACUGCGUACAAACAAAGUGCCCACCGGCUCUAUCAGAGUCUUGGCUUCCAAUGUGAACGGAUCACCAAUGGGUACGUCACCCCGGGUACGAGAUGUACCUUACUGGAAAGAAUUUUCUACAGGGUCUGCCUUCAUCACUAUAUCAUUGAUAUGCAAAAUUGCAAGUUGGCUUAAAAUGAACACUGACUUUA